AUGCUGACGCGGCCCCAGGGGCCGGUCGACGAAUGCGGCCGGCGCAUCAUUGCAGCGCGCAAGAAGCCUCCGCGACCCUCAUGCGCUCCAAAGGUGCCUGCGCACAUCGUCGAUGAGUGCGAGAAGUCGUACAAGGCCGCGGACGAGAAGAAAGUCAAGACAACUAACGUAGAUACUCCAGGCGAGCAACAGAAAUAUGCGAUCGCGCUCCUCGAGCAUCUCUUUACAUUCCUCCCCCCCAAUGCGACUGUUGCGGCACUGUACGACAUUGGCUGUGUCGUCGAUCGCAGCCUCGAACUGUACAACAUCCUACCUGUUGAUAUCCACCAACGACUCAUAUUCGCCAUCUCCGCAAUGCACACGUACGGCCAUCAAUGGGCCUGUCAGAUCGUCUACAACCCCCGUUUACGCGAAGGCCUCGGGCUCACCGAUGGUGAGGGCGUCGAGAGGCUCUGGUCGAGGCUCCGUAAGCUCAUUCCCAUCACACGCUCGUCUGCGGUAAGCACAUGUAUGUUUCCGCCGCAUCAUGCCUCUCAUGACCGCUCGCAGUGA